CCUUAAAAAUAAAACCGAAAUUUAAAGUGAGAAAAAUGAUUUGAGAUUUUGAAGAGAAAAGCAGAGAAAAGUGAAAGAGGAUCAGAUUUUUCCUCCCGGCAGCGAAAAGAUGAAUAACAGUGGUGAGAAAUGGAGCUUUGUAAGCUACGCAUGGGGUUCGCAAGACAAAACGGUGAACAUCAAUCCGGUAGUGCUAAGAUUCCGGCCAAUCGCUCCGAAACCGAUGACCGGAGAGUAUGAUUCCUGUGGGGGUCAGGUUGGUAACAAAAACUUGUUGCUUUGUAAGCCGAGAGCUAAAAGAAAGUACGUUAGGGUUCGAAAGAAUAAUAUCAAGAGAAAUAAAAGAUCGUCAUCAUCACCACCAUUACCACCAGAUCAUGAUCAGCAAACUUCAAAUAAAACUGAAAAGAUUGUCACGUUGCAGUUAUUGCCGGAGAAAACUGAAGCAAACGGUUCAAUUAACGAUGAAAACAUUGCAAUUUUGGGGGGAAAUAAUCAAGAUCUGCCUUCGUUGUUUUAUUCGAACUUGAACAGCCGGUCGGCGGAACCUGAUCGUACGGCCGUGGUGAGUCAAACAGAAAGGGAAACAGUGGUUGAGUCGUGGGUUACGGUGGAGUGCGUGACGGAUACUUGCAUGGCUGGGAGAGAACUCGGGAGUACGGACGUUGAGAAGAUGAAGAAUCUGGAGGCCGACACAUGUCCAGGGUUUAUAUCCGACGGUUUCAAUAGGGUUCAGUGGGUUAACCGGGCGUAUGAGAGGAUGUUGACGGUGGGGAAAGGGCGUAAGGAGUGGCUGCCGGCUGUUUCGCCGCCACAGAUAAAGGUUUGGCUUGUGAUUAAAAAAGAUUUACCUAAUUUUUGCACUGCAUUUUCAUGCAAAGUAAGGUUGCAGUUCACGUGGAUGAACAAGUGUUCCACGAUAAUGCUGCCGUGUGAUGUCUGGAAAAUAGAUGGUGCUGGUGGCGGUCACGGUGGUUUUGUAUGGCGGCUCGACGUGGAGGCUGCUCUCAGUCUCGGACUUUAAGGUAAACGAUAUAUCCAA